AUGAAGUUCCUCGUCGCUAAGCGAGUUUUGUGCUCACUCAUACUAACACCACAACUCACCACAGCGAUCAAACAAUGUCCCUUCCUCGGCCCCGACUUCCCAUCUCCCAAAUCCCUCCAAAAUAGCACAAUCUUUCAAACCGCCCUCACAAACCUAACCAGCACCCUAAAAUCCGGUCUCCAAACCGCCCAAUUCUUCCCCAACACCACAUCCCUCUCCGUCAACAUCUUCUCAACACACACCAACACCUCCCUCUACAACUACCAAUACAGCGCACCUACACUCCUCACUUCAAAUGGCACGCAUGUCGUUGACGCGGACAGCAUUUUCAGGAUCGGCAGUGUGUCGAAACUGCUCACGGUUUAUGUGUUCUUGAUUGAAGCGGGGGAUAGAUAUUUCAAUCAUCCGAUUACGGAUUUUGUUCCUGAGCUCGCGGAGGUUGUACAGGUGCAGGAUGCUGCUGCGAAUGCGGCGGAUGUGGUGGAUUGGAGGGCGGUUACUGUUGGGAAUUUGGCGAGUCAGAUGGGUGGGAUUGCGAGGGAUUAUACUGGGGAUUUGCUGUCGGUUCUUGGGAAAUUCCCGGCUGGGAGUGGGAUUCCGCAGUUGAAUGCUUCGGAUUUCGUUAUUUGUGCUCAACCAGGAUUUUGCACUCGAGAAGGUCAGUUUCUCACCUCCCUCAACACUCGAUAUACCUACAAACCACCAGCAACAAAAUACUACCCUUGGAACCACCCCCAACUAACACCCCCAGAAUUCUUCCUCACCCUAACCCACCAACGCCACCCCGUCUUCGCCCCCUCCACAACCCCCAUCUACUCCAACACAGCCUUCCAACUUCUCGGCUACGCCCUGGAAAACAUAACCUCAACCCCCUUCACCACCCUCCUCACCCGCUCCCUCAUUACCCCCCUAAACCUAACCGGCACCUCCUACCAACUCCCCCUCUCCGUCCCCCGUGGCGUCAUCCCCUCCCCAGACCCGUCCACCGCAUGGGGACUCCCAGGAAAUGACUACAACCCCGCCGGCGGCUUCUACUCGACGGCAAACGACCUCGCUGUCAUCGGCCGCUCCAUCUUAAGCUCGAAGCUGAUUCCCGCGCCGAUGACGAGGCGCUGGAUGAAGCCGUUGACGCAUACAGCGGACCUGCGGUUCUCUGUCGGCGCGCCGUGGGAAAUUGAACGGAUUAGUCUCCCCGCGCCACAGGAGAAGGUCGUAGAUAUUUAUGGGAAAUCUGGGGAUUUGGGGUCGUAUCACGCUUCAUUUGCGGUGAUUCCGGAUUGGGAUGUUGGAUACUCGAUUAUCAUCGCUGAUGCGCCUGGUAAACCAAGUGUGCUGAACCAUGCCGUGCGAACGCUUGUCAACGAGCUUGUACUCCCCUCAGUCGAAGAAGCCGCGAGAAUUGAGGCAAAUGAGAAGUACGCUGGUACAUACCGUAGCGAGACUCUGAAUUCAAGUAUCACGCUCGUCACGAACCCAGGGAGUUUAGGUCUCGUAGUCACAUCGCUCAUCAGCAACGGCACGGAUAUGUUCGGUAUUUUCGGCCUGCUACGCGGGAAUUUACCGGCAAGCAGUAUCAGUAUGACGCUUUACCCGACUGGACUUACGAAUUCGGUCGGCGGGAGAAAAGAGGCGUGGCGCGCGGCGAUUGAGAAUAAUGGCGAGAAUCAGGGGACGGGGAUCUUGACUUGUUCGACGUGGGCGACGGGGGAUUCGCCGAUUAUUGGCGGGGUGGCGGCGGAUGAGUUUGCGUUUGUGAUGGGGGUGGAUGGGAAGGCGACGAGUGUAGAGAGUAGGGGGUUGAGGGGGAGUAUGUUGAGGGUUGUUUAG